CUUUCGCCCGUAUAAAUAUCGCGCACCCCUCCAUACCGCCCGCCCUUAUCCACUUUGCUAAAAUUCUGUUUUUGUCUCCCCCGCUACCACCAGGUUUCUUCUUUCCUUACCUUCCACCCAAAAAACCAACAAUCCAAAGUACUAUCGUACUUCAUCACAAACCUUCACCAUGUCGAAAGUUUACGUCGGAAACCUUUCCUGGAACACCACUGAUGAGUCUCUCCGCGAGGCAUUCCAGCAGUUCGGCCAGAUCACUGACGCUAUCGUCAUGAGAGAUCGCGAAACCGGCCGCAGCAGAGGAUUCGGCUUCGUCUCCUUCGGUACUCCUGAGGAAGCUGAGGCUGCCAUUGCUGGGCUCCACGAGUCCGAGCUCGAUGGUCGCCGUGUCAAGGUCAACCUGGCCAACGCUAGACCUUCCGGCGGCAACCGCGGUUUUGGUGGUGGUGGUGGCUACCAGCAGGGCGGCAGCUACCAGGGCUACCAGCAGGGCGGUGGCUACCAGCAGGGCGGCUACCAGGGUGGCUACUAAGCGCAAUUCCCUAUAUACGUCGAAUACCUAGUUGCAUGCAGUCACGACUUGAUAUGAUUACUGUGGCGGAUGACCAUCACCGACCGAGGAUAA